ACAACGCCACUUCCACCAAACAUUCGCUCGGCGAUUCCGUCACUCACUCGCUCUCACCAUGUGGCUGCUUAUCCUCGCAGGUCUCCUGACAAUCUCCGUUGGAGAGGAGACCAGCGUUGUUCCGGUGUCGGCGGCCAAUGCUGAUGACAUCGUCUUGCUGGAGAUCGACGUCAAAGAUCCUGUCAAGAGGUCGCCGGUUUCAAGCAGCGCCCUUUAUGGGGCUUCACCUAGCCAAUUCGUUGUCCGACACGGUGAUGAGUCUCAAGAGCUAUCGCCCGAAUACUUAGCUGUCCUGCGACAAUUCACUGGAACUGACCCGCAGGCGUACGCCGCGAGGCCCAAUGCGCCUCAGCGUAGGCCUCUUCCAGAUUAUGCCAAACAGCAACAGGCAUUGCAGCAGGCGUAUUACAAUUAUCGCAAACCCGCCGUGGUCCCUCCCAGACCUCAGCUACAUCCCCAGGCGUUGAUUCAAGCCGAGGCUGUGACGCAAGCUCAGGCGGCGCGCGGUCCAUCCGGAGCAUCCACGUACCAAGUAGAAUCUUACACUUCACCUGGCAAACUGGGCUCGUUCGAACAGGAGUUGCUGCAAUUGGUAUCCGCCAAUCAGGCCCAAGAGUUUAAUUUGAUCCCGACGCAGCCUAAAACCGGCUAUGCGCAACAAGAGUACAUCAAAUCCACGGUAGCACCAUCAACUCACCCCGAACAAUACCACAUCGAAACUAGUCCGCCUCCUCGUUAUCCGCCGCAACGAGUGGCAGCGACUUAUCAGUCAAUCGAGCAACCGGUCCAGAUUCAGUACCAACCGGCGCCAGCGGCAGAUUAUUCGGCCAAAGGAGUCCAGCCUUUCAGACCGUCUCCGCAAUAUGAGUACGUGGACGACGGCGCUCAGUUGAAAGCUCACCAAGGGCAGACCCAGGCGGAAGCCAUAGCGAACGCCAGAGCUCAGGCCCAGGCUGAGGCGCAGGCCUUAGCUUUUCAGAAAAUUGCCCAGGCCUCAUAUCAAAAACAUCACGAGGCGGCCCUGGAGCAGAUCAGAAUUGAUCACGAGAGAUACAGGCAACAAAGCGCCUUGGAGCAAAUUCAGCAAGGAGAUCACGUAAGCGACGCCGGACGAGCUCACAUCGCGGAUCAGGUGGAACCCAAGGAUCCGGAGGCUGCGUAUAGGGCAAAAUUGAAGGCGCAAGCGGCUGCCGAAGCCGCCGAAGCCAGGAGGAUACAGAUAGCCGCUGAACAGAAGGCCCAUAAUGACGCCAUACGGCAAGUCGAGGCUCAGCAGCAGGCCCAUGUGAGAGCCCAGGAGAAGGCACAUUACGACGCUUUGAACUUUGAGAGGAAUCAAAUACGUGCCCAGGCCCAAGCCCAGGCACUAGCGGAGGCUCAAGCCCAGGCGUUGUACAAAGCCUAUCAACAAUCACGCGCCAAAGCCAACAGUGAGAUUUUGGCGGCCGCCCGAGCCCAGGCAGAGGCUAAGAAGGUAAAUCCCGAGGGUACACCAGUUAUCCAGUACCUCUUACCCAAUACUCCCAAGCUCCCCACGCCUAAUACUUACUUCACCAAUGACGACGUGAACAAGUAUCAGGCUUCCGGCUCCACCUACGCCCCCAGAUCCGUGACUAAACCAGAUGAAUCCGGUGAAUCCGUUCAAGAGCAAGCUUACGUUCAACCUGCUAUCAAUCAGCCUCGUCAAGCACACAAACUCAAAGUUCCACCGACUCAGGCCUCCGUUUAUGUUUCUCAAUCGGGUCUCCUGAAGAAGUCGCCGGUUAAAUCUCUUACCAUCGAAGAGAUUAUCGAUCAAGGCCAGCUAAGCAGCCCACAAGUUGUGCGCGCUCCCUCUCCCAAGGAUCAGCAGCCUCUGACGCAGGAAGAAUUGUCCGUUCUGAUUAACGCCGGUUAUAGCGUCACCCCGAUACCUCAGACGGUGAAGCCGACCCAGCAGAGCUACGUGCCGGAGAAUACCUCCGCCGUGUAUUACUUGAAGAAACAGCGGCCAGCAGUUAGGCCCGAAUACGCUACUUACGAAGAGGUUCUACAACGACCGCGAAGACCGUCCAGAAAGAAUAUAUCUAUUCUCAAACAAGACGACGCUAACGCUAGCGAAAAAGUCACCUUCUUGGUGCCCUUGGAGCCCAGUUUUGGUACCAGACAACCAUCACUCAGAAGUAAUGAGUGAUUAGUUUUGUCGUUUUCGUCGUUGUCUUCAAAAAAUGAUGACAAAUGUAGAAAAAUCUGAACGUUACUAUUAGAGAGUCCAAAUAUUAUUUCUUUUCUAAAUGUAUUUCUUUUUUAUUGGACGGCUUAAUUUUCUUUUUUUUUUCAUAAUAAACUUAUGUAAAUAAUAAAUAAUGUCAGUCGAAAAGAUCAACAUUUAGAAGUGUGAAUUUAUUUAGUUUCUUUCGGUCUUUUUAAUUUUGAUUGGUUACUUCGACCUUCCAUCAAUUGGAUAAAUUUCUAUUCUAUUAUUAAUACUAAUCAAUGAUUGAUUUUAAUCUCAUUUUAUUAUUUUAUGACUAGUAAUUCUUUCUAAGCCUACCUUUCAAUAUUAGCUCAUAAACGCGAUGAAUAGAAACGUUCAGGUUACUUCUUAUGCGAUUUCAAUCCUGGGCGUAACAAUGCUUUUCGGAUGAUAUUAAAUACUUUUAUAAAAUAUUAUACGUGAGUUACGUUAAAUUAUAAAUGAUUUCCACACGUGAAAAGUCACAUAAACAAACAUAAACGAAAGAUAGCUUAAUUUUGUUCGGAGAGCGCAAAAUAAAUUUUUUUGUAAAAUGACAAAUAUAGCAAACUUUAGGGAAAUCUGUAGAGCACACAUAAAAAAGAUACAAAUAUAAUUUUUUAAAAAUAUUUUCUUGAUAUAUAUAAUAACAAACAGAACGUAAUUUAUAAUCGAAAAGAUUUUUCAAUAAAUCCGCCUUGCGCGAUUAUUUAGUAGAUGGUAAGUGCGACGGUGCUGAGUCGAAUGAUUAUUAAUUUAUACUUUUUUGUAAAUAUUAGAAUUUUAACUAAUAAAAACAUUUUAAAAUCCACAUAAAA